UAUGAAUUCUCAUCCUCUUCUCUUUCUGGCUGAACACAGGCCACACUCUUGUCCUGCACCACUGGGCCUGUUCCUGGCUUUGCCGAAGUCAUGCUGCUGUAUGUGGCGGCCUUUGUGGGCUUGUUCUACCUUGUGCGCUGGUACCGGGAGAGGCAGGUGGUGAGCCACCUGCAAGACAAAUAUGUCUUCAUCACUGGCUGUGACUCGGGCUUCAGAAACCUGCUGGCCAGACAGCUGGACGUGCGAGGCUUGAGGGUGCUGGCCGCGUGUCUGACGGAAGAAGGGGCCGAGCAGCUGAGGAAGCAGACGUCAGCACGGCUGCAGACAGUGAUCCUGGAUGUCACCCAGACAGAGAGCAUUGCUGCAGCCACCCAGUGGGUGAAGGAGUGCGUGGGGGACCGAGGACUCUGGGGCCUGGUGAAUAAUGCCAGCACCUCCUUACGCACGGCUCCCAACGAAUGGCUGAACAAGCAGGACUUCAUGAACAUACUCAGUGUGAACCUGUUGGGGGUCAUUGAGGUGACUCUGAGCCUGCUGUCUUUAGUGAGAAAGGCACAAGGCCGUGUGCUCAAUGUCUCCAGUGUCAUGGGACGGGUUUCGCUCUUUGGUGGUGGCUACUGCAUCUCCAAGCACGGCGUGGAGGCCUUCUCGGACAGCCUCAGGAGGGAGCUGUCCUACUUUGGGGUGAAGGUGGCUAUUAUUGAGCCUGGUUUCUUCAAAACCAACGUGACCAGUAGUGAAAGACUCAUGUCAAGUUUUAAGAAGGCGUGGGACCAGAGCAGCUCAGAGGUGAAGGAGAUCUAUGGCGAGAAGUUUCUGGAAACCUGUCUGAAAUCAUUGAAAGUAAUGGAGCAAAAGUGCAAUCCAGACCUGUCCGUGGUGACAGACUGCAUGGAGCAUGCGCUGACUGCCUGUCACCCUCGCACCCGGUACUCAGCAGGCUGGGAUGCCAAGCUCCUUUACCUCCCCUUGAGCUACCUGCCCACGUUCCUGGUGGAUGCCUUUGUGUACCUGGGCUCCCCAAAGCCAGCACAAGCCCUGUGAAGCCAACUCUUGGUUGUGUGAUCAGGGGAGAUGGGCAGAGUGUGGGUUGGGACAAAUGAGAGAGGGGAAGUGGGUGGAGGAAAGCAGCUCUUACAUGGGGCACCAUUCGCAUCUUCUUUGUGCCAAGGAUUCUUCUCAGGGAUUACUGAAGACUGGUGAAGUGAGAGGGAAAGAGUCAAGGACCUCUGGUGAGGAAUAGGGACUCAACAUCACUCACUGAUGCCCAGUUGACAGGCAGAUGCUGACUGCUGUGAGCAACAUGGUCAACCAUGAGAAAUCUACACACCUGGGGUGUCUGAGAGUGUGUGGGAGGAUGCACAGCCCACGCCUCCCUUCCGCUUGCCUUCCUUCUGAGGGUACACAUUGUUCUUGGCUGCUGUCUAUCUUCCCAUAACAUAGAAAUGGCCUUGGAGAUGUAGGGUCCGUCUCCUUUGCAAUCAGUGUGUUCGUGGAAUCAGGUGGGAGGACAGCGCCAGUCUGUGCCCUUGGCCUUAAUUGGUUUGCCUUAGAUCUCUCGUCCACACAGAUCCUGGCAGAGGGUGAGGAAAUUGUCAUCAUUUGUGUCUAGAUAUCCUCCAAGUGCUCCAUGAGAUCAUAGGUGGGGCUGCUUCAGAGGUGCCUGAAUCUAGAGUGUAUAAUGCUGGGAUUAAGGGUAUGUGAUUACUAAAUGAGUCCACUGAUUACUUUGGAAUUGCCCUAUUCCAGGUAGCUUAGACAGAGUGUGAAGGGGUCAGAAAGCAGCUGCUAAGGCCCCUUGUUUGGUACCUCCUGCCUGCUAGGAAGUGUUUCCCCUCUGCAAUGCCUGUCUUUCAUGUCACCCUACCUUGGAGGAGGCUGAUUAUGGACUGAAACGAUUUGAACUGAA